AUGGCAGGUGCAAAUCUUCUAGAAACGCUUGAUAAUCAACCCCACCUGCCCAUGGACCUCCUCUCCGCAGAACAUGGUUGGGCCUCACGUUUGAUCAUCGGGUGCGAAACCGACUUGCUAAUGAUCGUCCAGUUGAACUUGGGUACAUGGGAAUCCCGUGCACGUUUCAGAGCACGGCAUCGAACACCGGAGAAUUAA